AUGGACAAAAAAGACAAGACAGACUAUACGACUUCCGAGUUGGAAGAUGAGCUUCUGGCCUCGAGCCAGGAAACAAUCGGAGGGUGUUCAGAUGAUGUUAGAGGCACUAGCAUCUCUGAGCAACCUUCAAAAACUGGAAGUACAGGCGGAACCAGCGGUACCCCUGUACUUCGACCCGCAAUAAACCAAAUAAAUCCUUCGGGUAGCAGAGCCAGCCAAAGCCAUGCUACCCGGCGUAAGAGAAGAUCAGCAAGUUCGCAUCGGAGAGCGGAUUUCCAUAGGGCAUCCUUCAUUCUAAGCAAGAUUGCUUUAAAUGAGGAAGCUGGAACUCCGCACGAAAACGAUGCUGCUGAUAAGAUCAAAUAUGGGAAGAUUGUUGAGGAGUACAAUAAUCUUCUCAUUGAACCAAAAAAGUCCGUUAAGAGAAUUAGAUCACCUGAGGAAGCUAAUCCUCCUCAGAAAAAAUCUAAAGCAAACGGCACCAACAAGAAAGCACCAUCUCAGGGAGCGGCGCAAUCGCGCACUUUUAGUGAGAUUGUCAGAGACGAUCUUCAAGUGGCGGUUGUAGAUGAGCUCUCCACUGACAACAGAGCUCUGAUGUCGGUGUGGAACUCCAUCGAGGCUAAGCUUUCUGAGAUGGUCUUUCUAUAUACCCUAUCUGCAACUGAGGGACCCUACCCGAGUUUCGACUCUGGUGAGAUGCUUAGGGGAUACAGGGUAAUCAAGUGCGAGGAUGUGUUCUCUAGGGAUUUCCUUAGUAAAAGUGUAGCUGAGGUCAGCAACAAAUGGGAUGGCUUGAAGCUCAAGCUUAUCCCAGCUAAGGAAAUUCCAAGACAACCACUUGCUCGUAUUUGGCUGCCCCUCAUGAGCAUCAAGCCAAGCGGACCGGAGCUGAUCCGCAGUCUCCAGAAGUUAAACCCGCUGAUUCCUAUGCAUGACUGGGUAGUCAUUAAGGCUGAAGAGCCGCAGAAGAACAGCGCGUCUUACCUUCUGAGGAUCUGCGAGGUCAGUCGUGGGGCUCUCGAAAAAGCCGAUUUCAAGCUACGUUUUGGCAUUAGGAAUGCCAAGAUAAAGAUUCUACAGAGUCAGGAAACGGACCCUAACCUAGUUGAGGAUACUGUCGAGGAUGACGGUGUCCCCACAGAGGCAGGGUCCUCCGGCAAGGAGCUGGUAACUGACUGUGUAGAAUCUAUUCCGAAUUGA